CUCUGCCCCCAGGCCUUCUCCACCACCGUCUGGCAGUUCCUCUCCAUCCUGCAGGAGCACUUCGGGAGCAUGGCGGGCGCCAACACCUACCUCACGCCGCCGGGCACGCAGGGCUUUGCCCCCCACUACGACGACAUCGAGGCCUUCGUGCUGCAGCUGGAGGGGAAGAAGCACUGGCGCGUUUACGGCCCCCGGACGGGAGCCGAGGUGCUGCCCCAGUUCUCCAGCGCAAACCUCACACAGGCUGAACUCGGCGAGCCCGUUCUGGAGGCGGUGCUGGAGGCCGGGGACCUGCUGUACUUCCCCCGGGGGUUUAUCCACCAGGGUGACUGUCUUCCUGAUGCGCACUCGCUCCACAUCACGGUGUCGUCCUACCAGAGGAACUCCUGGGGCGACCUCCUGGAGAAGCUCCUCCCGGCUGCUCUGCAGAUGGCCCUGGAGGAGGACGUGGAGUACCGGCAAGGGCUUCCCAUGGACUACCUGGGAUACAUGGGGGUCGCCAACUCGGACGUAGUCGAUGCUCGCCGAACAGCUUUUGUGGAGAAGGUGCAGAGUCUGAUAAAGAAACUUAUCGACUAUGCGCCUAUUGAUGCUGCCGUGGAUCAGAGAGCCAAGUCAUUUCUUCACGACUGUCUCCCCCCGGUGCUAACACAAAAUGAAAAGGCGCUGAGCGUGUAUGGAUUUCCAGCCCGGUGGCAAGAUGGAGGCACCCGCGACGUCGAUAUACUAAUAACGAAAGACACAGAAGUACGCCUCCUCCGGCAUGGCAUCAUUAGACUGUGCAAUGAGGAAGCUGGUGUGAUGCUGUAUUACACGACAGAAAACUCACGAGUGUAUCAUAAAGAAGAGUGCAAGUCCCUUGAGAUAGAUCCCGAGUAUACAGACAGUAUUGAAUUUCUCCUGUCUUCUUAUCCAAACCAUGUCAGUGUGGAUACCCUUCCAUGUGAAACCUUGGAGGACAAGAUUUCUGUAGCCACACUCCUGUUUGAGAAGGGCAUUCUGACUACUAAGAAGCCUCUGGUGCAAGUGUAGCUCUAUUCUUGAACAAAAUAAACAUAGAGUUGUUUA